GUAACUCCUCACCACUCGCUGCUCUAUCUCUUUCCAAGUCAUUUAGCAGUGGUGUUCAAGCUUCGCUGCGUGCAAGUAGCGCGAGACUGCAUGGCUUCCGCUGCAGCUUUCUUGGCUUUCUCCCUCUUUGCUUUACACCUCUGCUGCUGCCAUGGGCAAGCUGCUGAUGCUGGCAACGGCGUAACUGCAAUCUAUAGCCUUGGCGACUCCAUCACUGACACGGGGAAUCUGGUCAAGGAGGCGCCUCCUGGCAUGUUCGAGACCAUCAAGCACCUCCCAUAUGGCGUCACGUUCGGGUACCCAACUGGACGCUGCUCUGAUGGCCUCCUCAUGAUCGACUUCCUGGCUCAGGAUCUGGGUCUUCCUUUUCUGAACCCUUACCUAGGCAAGAACAAGAGCUUCGACCACGGCGUAAACUUCGCCGUCGCUGGAGCCACCGCGAUGGACCCUGCAGAUCAGUUCAACCGGAGCAUCCCCGUCCCUUUCGUCGCCAACUCCCUUAAGGUGCAGCUUCGUUGGUUCAAGGACUUCAUGAAGUCCAGCUUCGCCACAGAUGGAGAGAUACGCAAGAGGCUUCAAAACUCUCUGGUUUUGGUCGGGGAGAUCGGAGGGAACGACUACAACUACGCCUUCUUCGGGAACAAGGAGAUAAACGAGGUGGAGAAGCUGAUCCCAGGGGUUGUUCGAACCAUCAUAGACGCCACCAAGGAGGUGCUCGAGAUGGGCGCGAACAGAGUCAUCGUCCCGGGCAACUUCCCCAUCGGCUGCGUGCCGGGAUACCUGACCAUGAAGGCCGGCUCGUCGGAGCCGUCCGACUACGACUCGUCAGGGUGCCUCCGGGAGCUGAACCUCUUCGCCGCCAAGCACAACUCUCGGCUCCAGCGCGCCGUCGCGGACCUGAAGGCGGCGUACCCGAACGCGUCCGUCGCCUACGCCGACUACUUCAACUCUUUCCUCGCCCUCCUCCAGAACGCCUCGUCGCUCGGUUUCGACGCGGCGAGCACGCGGAAGGCGUGCUGCGGGGCGGGCGGCGGCGACUACAACUUCGACCGGCGGAGGAUGUGCGGCGCCGAGGGGGCGACGGCGUGCGCGGAGCCGUCGACGUACGUGAGCUGGGACGGGAUACACAUGACGCAGGCGGCGUACAGGGCCAUGUCCAGCCUCAUCUACCACGGGAGGUACCUGGAGCCGCAGAUACUGAAUUUCCCAGAGAAAUAUGGCCAGACAUAGAAAGAUUCUUGCAGACCAUGCAUGGUGCCGUGUGGAAACUCCUCGGCUUUUCAAGGCUCCGAUGAGUUCCGUCAGCUAUUGUAGUAGUAACAGGGAGCAUCAGUCAGCUGUAUCAGUGUAUGCUAUGUACGUUUGUAAUGCAUGAUGUACAAGCUGUGAGCAAUAUACACGUUGCAGCUUUUAGUUCA